ACAGGGAGAUUAAAAAAAAAAGUCUGAAACUGUAAAUAUAGACUUCAGACUUGUGCUAACAUGUUGGACUCGGACAGUAGCUCCAUGGAGGUGGCUGUGAUUCCGGAGAACCAGCAGUGUGGACGGCUAGCGGACGUCCUGAAAGCUGAGUUCGCUCCCGGAGGCUCUCUGCUCGCUUGCCUGGAGCUCCGCGGGCGGCUGGAGGUCUGGGACCCGGCGGACAGAGAGGCUGCUCCGGCCACAGCGGACGGCUACUACGGAGAUUUUUUCUGGGAGGAGGUUGGUGCACAUGAGUGGCGCGUCAGCAGCAGCUUCAGACUGCUGGCUGUUGGAUCUCAGUGUCACCUGAAGCUGCUGGAAGCAGAACAAUCAGCAUCUAUUUCGCUGGUUUGUGUCGCUGAAUGUGGUGCAGAGCGCCUCCUGGAGGCUGUCAGAGAACAGGACCCCUGUGUGUGUGAGCUGCAGUCGGUGCAAGUUCUGUACUUUGCAGCCGGUCGCUGCUGUGCGCUGUUGAACUGUGUUUGGCUGCUGCAACUGCAGUGGUCGCAGUCGGGGGAGGAGCCACUGAUACUUUGCUGCUGCAAGAUACAGCUGACAGACAACAGCAUCCACACAGCCGUCCAUCACAGUGUGGGGACAGAAACGCUCUUCAUCCUCAGCUCCACUGGACUCAUCUCUGUGUGUAACAUGACGGAUGGCAGUCUCCUGGCCAGCGUUGACCUCCUCACAUAUCUGAGCUCUGAUCUGACUGACGAGGAAGUAGCUCCAUCUUCUUCCUCUCCCCCUUCCUUCUGUGUCCUCCAGGUGUCACCUGACCUCAGUACAGCUGUAGCCAUCACAGAGGACCACGGUGCUAUUGCUGUUGAUCUCAAUCAUUACUUCAGGAUUCAUCCAGAUCACUUGCUGUGUGCUGUGCCCACUCCUCCUCUCCCACUGUGCCCUCCAAACCCUAAAGACCAGGACAGCUUGUCCAGCUCAAACUACAGCCUUGCUGCACUGGGACACACCUUCUGCACUGACCGCUCCUGGGAAUCUCGGUUGGCUUCCAUUUACAGCAAAGCCCAAAAGUCAGUGGCUCCCUCUGCCUCCUCUGUCAAGCCUUCCAGGACCUCCUGGGUGUCCUCGCUCGCUCACUUGGAGUCCCACCAGGCUCUGACCUCGGCCCACAGCAAGGCACCCCCUUUUGGUGCACAUGUCACCUUCUCUGUCCCUGAACUGUCCCGUCCAUGUCUACUCGCCGUUUCAGAGUUCUCUGCCCUCCUGACUUUCAUCUCCCCUGGCAACAAACAGACAACAGUGGCCUUCUGGGAUUUGGAGUCUGGGAAUGUGAGCUAUCACCAGACGGUUGGUGAGGCUGUUCCAAUUCAGCGCUGUGGAGAGCGACACCACAGACUGCUACUGAAGAAAACUGGUGUGUUUCAGGUCUUGUUCUCAGUUUCCCAGCAGGACCUUGUCAGCAGGCUGAUGUUGUUUGGCAGCGCAGCAGUAGUAGAUGCAAUCUGUCAUUUGAACAGCUGGGGGCGCUGCUCCAUCCCCAUUCAUGCGCUGCAGGCUGGGCUGAAAAACCGCCAGCUGGACACCGUGGAUUUCUACCUGAAGAGUAAAGAAAACAUCUUGAGCCCCUCUGCGUCUUUCAGCAACAUGGAUCAGCCAGUGUUCACUGAGCUCAACCUGAAAGGGUAUGAGACUGAAGGUGUGCGCAACUGUGUGGACGUUCUGGACCGGUACGUCACAGAGCUGAGGAGCUAUAUGAAGAGAUUCCCCUGGCCAGCAGGGGGUGGCGUGUCCAACACAGAUGCCACAGCUCCUGCUCAGGAAGCUGUGCAGGAAGAGUGGGAGCAGCUGCCAAUGGAGGAAGUGGUGCGUCAGUCGAUUUUAACUAAUCAGAUCCCAAGAGCUCAGGCUGCACUGAGGAAGCGUGGCAGGCCGGAGCAGCGACUGUCCGCUCUGAGGAUGGAGGGUCUGCGUCAAGUCUUCUCCUGCCUGCAGAGCCGGAAUCUGCACACCGCCAGCACGCUCCUUACCAACAUGGGUUUCAAUGUGAAUAAAGAGCUUGACAAUAUCUGCGUCUACACUGAUGACAAGGACCUUAGGGAGUUUGUGUGGUCGCAGUCGGGGGAGGAGCCACUGAUACUUUGCUGCUGCAAGAUACAGCUGACAGACAACAGCAUCCACACAGCCGUCCAUCACAGUGUGGGGACAGAAACGCUCUUCAUCCUCAGCUCCACUGGACUCAUCUGUAUCUUCCACCAACCAUGCAACUGCUGCCGCUCAUUCUCCUGGGAAUCUCGGUUGGCUUCCAUUUACAGCAAAGCCCAAAAGUCAGUGGCUCCCUCUGCCUCCUCUGUCAAGCCUUCCAGGACCUCCUGGGUGUCCUCGCUCGCUCACUUGGAGUCCCACCAGGCUCUGACCUCGGCCCACAGCAGAGCACCCCCUUUUGGUGCACAUGUCACCUUCUCUGUCCCUGAACUGUCCCGUCCAUGUCUACUCGCCGUUUCAGAGUUCUCUGCCCUCCUGACUUUCAUCUCCCCUGGCAACAAACAGACAACAGUGGCCUUCUGGGAUUUGGAGUCUGGGAAUGUGAGCUAUCACCAGACGGUCUUGUUCUCAGUUUCCCAGCAGGACCUUGUCAGCAGGCUGAUGUUGUUUGGCAGCGCAGCAGUAGUAGAUGCAAUCUGUCAUUUGAACAGCUGGGGGCGCUGCUCCAUCCCCAUUCAUGCGCUGCAGGCUGGGCUGAAAAACCGCCAGCUGGACACCGUGGAUUUCUACCUGAAGAGUAAAGAAAACAUCUUGAGCCCCUCUGCGUCUUUCAGCAACAUGGAUCAGCCAGUGUUCACUGAGCUCAACCUGAAAGGCGUGCAGGAGUUAUGUCCUGCAUUGAAUCUCCUGUGUUCAGCAGUCAGGGACUCAAACAGCGACGUUCAGAGCCGACAGUUCUCAGAGCAGCUGCUCAAUAUCACCUUGAACUUUGUCAACACACAGAUCCGCUCUGUGUUGUCUAACACACAGUACCCAGAUGAGACUGAAGGUGUGCGCAACUGUGUGGACGUUCUGGACCGGUACGUCACAGAGCUGAGGAGCUAUAUGAAGAGAUUCCCCUGGCCAGCAGGGGGCGGCGUGUCCAACACAGAUGCCACAGCUCCUGCUCAGGAAGCUGUGCAGGAAGAGUGGGAGCAGCUGCCAAUGGAGAGCUCAGGCUCACUGAGGAAGCGUGGCAGGCCGGAGCAGCGACUGUCCGCUCUGAGGAUGGAGGGUCUGCGUCAAGUCUUCUCCUGCCUGCAGAGCCGGAAUCUGCACACCGCCAGCACGCUCCUUACCAACAUGGGUUUCAAUGUGAAUAAAGAGCUUGACAAUAUCUGCGUCUACACUGAUGACAAGGACCUUAGGGAGUUUGUGGUGGAGGAGCUGUCAAGGCGGAGUCGUUUACCUGAGGAGGAGUUGCAAAGUGUGGAGUUCAUCAGGGCAAUGGAAAGGCUGGGGUCACUUCCUGCUUCUCGCUGUUCAGCAAAUACGACACCUCGAAGCAUUCUGCAGAUCAUUGGUUGUGAGGUAGGUGGCAGUGAGGUUCUGGAGGAGCUGCUGGAACAGAUGAGGUCUCAGGAGGCGGCAGAAGAACUCUGGAAGAAUGUCAGAGUAGACUGGAUCAGGAACUGGGACCAGAGCAGCCAAACCGCCAUCCUUCUGUCCAGACUACAGCAUACAGAAUUGAAUUCCUGUGAUUCGUCGGUCCUGUGGCAUUACCUUACCGCUCUCCAUGACCAAUGCCGAGUGAUUGACUGGAUCCAGAACAGCCAAACUUCCCGGUGGCCAGAGUUGACCCCAGAACUUGUAAACAACAACACGGUCUGCAGCACCUACAUGAGGGAGAACAUCCUGGACCUUCUUGCCAGAUCAGGCAUUUUCAUUCAAGGAGAAUUGGAGGACUUGAAGCAGCUGUUAUGGAGGCUGGCUCAGGGUCAGGGGUUGAUGGCUUCACCUCUGCCCAUUCCUCACUACCGCUCCCCACUUGGCCUGGACCUCCACAGCCUCUUCAUCACCUUCUGCCUGGACCACAACUUGCACUACUUGCUCUACACUUACCUGAAUUAUUACAGAUUGACACCCAGAAAUUGUCCCAUAUUGACCAAUAAGAGCCUUUUUGAGAGCCACCCCUGGUUUGAAAUGCUGGUGAAGAUCCAGGAGAUAACCAGAAAUCCGUCAGAUCCAGUUCUGGUCUUCCAGGCUAGUCUGACCAGUGCACAGGUCCUGUUACCAGGUGGCCAGGCAUCGCUCAGCAGCCUGCUGUUAGAGGGACACAGUCUGCUCGCUCUGGCUACCAUCAUGUUUGCCCCAGGAGGAGUUGACCAGGUUGUGGUUCAGGGUGAAAGGUCCUGCAGGUCAGAGAGGGCGAUUGACCCUCAACUCCUAAAGAUGGCCCUGGCCCCCUACCCCAAACUGAGGGCUGCCCUCUUUCCCACUGGGUCUCGAGGAAACAGCCUGUCCUCUGAUAUCUCUGUGUACCAUCUCCUUCAGUCAUUACACCCUCUGGAUGUGUCCAGGCUGUUUGGCUGGCAGGCGGCAAACACCCUCAACUCCACUGAAAUGUCAGAAGUGCCUGAUUUCUCCAGCCCUCAGCUGGUCAAAAAGUUUGCUUUGGUGGAGAAUCUGGACUACCUGUACUACCUCCGCCACAGCCGACCAUCCUUUGCCUACGCCACUUUUCUUGUUCAGCACCUGAGCGGCAGUAGUGACAUCAAGUUACUGCUGGAGCAGGCGUGGCAGCAAGUGUAUAAACUCAGCCUCCAGUGUUUUAACGUGACGUCAGUAGCAGCGGCAGCCGUUUGUUUUUGUGAGCUGUUGGGAAUCGCCAGCUUCAAGAUGAGAGUCGACAUCAGAGUUCUGAACACCAUCCUGCAGCAUUGGGUCCUAAACACGACGCACAGAACUCCAGAACAGCAUCUGUGCACGCUGGGCUUGCAGCUUGCGGAGGCGGAGCCUGGAGCAGCAGAGGAGCUGAUUGGCUAUUUGGAAGCUGCGGUAACGGACAGCGUGGAGCAGAGGGGGAUCUGCAGGUCGUCCUAUGAGGCGGCGCAGGAGUGGGCACUUCCUGUUCACUUCUGUCAGCUCCACAGUCUGAAGCUCAGCUCCAUUUACCCCGCCCACUGUGCCUCUGAUGGACAGUUCAUCCAUUUCCUCCUGUUUGUCCAAAUGCACAGCUUCCCGCCACAGCAGGUGAGGUCACUGGUGGCUCAGUUUAGCCCCACCCUUGAGGCUCAUCUGAGCCUGGCUUUUCAGGACCUGCAGGUCUACAACCAGAGUAGGAGCUGUGGAUCUGCCGAGGAGACUGUGUCUGUGAACAUAGUGGAGGAGCCAGGGUUCCUGGAGCAUCCCAGGGAGCUGUUUUUGGUCCUCCUUCAAAGCCAGGAGGAGGCAGCACCCUGCAGGUAUCUACUGCAGGAGGCCAUAGUCCAACACUGCUCAACGCUGGCUGUACUGGCUGCUUGCCAACAGGGGGUGGAAGUGAUCCAGUGUCUGUGUGUGUGGGUACUGACCUCAGUUGACGAUGUCACAGCCAGAGAAGCUACCUCUCACCUGCACGAGGCCUCCCAGCAUCACGAAUGGACUCUUCAUGACCUGUCAAUCAUCUGGAAGACACUACUAGGGCGGGGCUGCAUCAGGCCCCUCCUCCGAGGCUUCAAGCUCUUUCAGAGGGAUUGUCCUCUUGUCUUGGUGUUGAGGAUGUUUGAGUUGUGUUGUGACUACAGAAACUUCACAGAGGCCAAAGCCAAGCUGCUGGACUUCCAGAGGACACUCAUUACUCUGAGGAGCAGCACUUCGGCGUCUCCUGGUGGCCUUCCUUUGCAAUGGAUGGAAAGUCAGGCCUCUGUGCUGCUGCUCACAAUGCUCCAGCGGUGCUCCUCACAGUACGACCUCCACCGCCUGCUGCAGCUCCUGGCAGAUGUUGACAAACACCUGAAGUCUAACGGUCCAGACUUCAGGAAGCUGAGUCAGGUGAGCCAGUUGCUGCAGGGGUCAGAGGUCAGCCUAUCUCCUAAGCUGCUGCAGUGCACUUCCCCCUCCGAGCAGCAGGAGGAGUUACAGGCUAUGGUGGACGCUCUGCAGGCCAAGGGAUGCUACAGCCAGGCGAGGCAGGUGGCCUUGCUUGCUGGCCUCCCUGUUCACCGUUUGCUGCUUAGUCAGCUCUCACAGGAGGCAGCCACCCAGAAGGCGAAGCACCAGUGGAGAAGGUUGGAAGCACGAGUCAACUUUUGGAAGAAAUGUCACGAGCAGCUGAAGGCUGAUGGCACUGAUCCAGAAUCAGCCUCCCAGUUUUUUAUGUCUCAGUCUGAAGGUGCAACUUCUCAUUCCUCGGAUCAGGUCCUAAGCGAACUGCUGGAUGUCCAGGAGAAGUGUCUGCUGCUCAUGAUCGCUGCUCACUGGUUCUCCCUGCUCAGCCCAGAUCCUGUGGACAAGCUGGAGAGCCUGGAGAAACAGCUGUGGGUCAGCCGGGUCCGUCAGCACAUCCUCACUGUCGCCAUGGAGAAUGAAAGCGUUUUCAACCUGCCACCUCCUCCAGCCGUCACACCUGAAACGUCCACGUAUGAAGUUCUCAUGAAACAGUUCUCCUUCUCGACUAUAUCAGCCCUGAACAUGGAGAAGUUCCUCAGCCUGGAGGGACUCCCAGGUCCCACUCAGAAGGAGGAGCUUAAUUGUGAUUCAGAGUUAAGUCCACAGGAGAGGAAUGUUCUCUCUGUGCUUGUUGGUCAGCUGUUGGAUGAAGGCAGCAUCCAUGAAGCCAGUCGGAUCUGCCGUUAUUUCUCACUCUAUCACCCGGACGUGUGGUUCGUGCUGCGCUGCCGAGGCCUGGCGUCUGGGGAGUUGGACCCUGACUCACAAGAAGAGUCAUCAGAUGUUCCACCCAAGAGGAGCUUCCAUACCUUUGCCUCACUGAGCAGCCUGUCAUCAUUUAUGAUGUUCAACCUGCCGGAGGACCAGGUGUCACUCCAGCUCCAGGUACUGGUCGACCAGUGUCGCCAUGGCAACAACUACUGCAAGCAAGUGCUCAGCCUCUACCAGUUAUCCAAGGAGCUUCAGUGUUCCUUCAGUCAGAUCUGUGAGGAGGAGCCUUGCUCAGUGCUGGAGAAGCUGCUGCUGUCCGACCAGCCGGACCACUUCAGGAAGGCCCGGGCCUGCAUCCAAGCUCAGGGUCUCAGUGCAGACACCGUCGCUGAGCUGGUCUCCUCCUCUGUGGUCCAAGUGCUGCUGACCUCCACCCAAGAGCUGCAGCCUGAGAGGCAGGCGUUCAGGGCGUUGGAGGGAAAGGAGUCACUCGUGCAGCUGAUCAAAGUUUGUGAUGAUCCAAAUCUGGUGGGAGUGAAACUGAUGGAAAACAUUACGACUGUUCCACUGAGAGACCUCAGCUGCAUUGUGGAGAUGCUGAUUGUAGCUCACGACUGUUUCAGUCUCACCUGUAACAUGGAGGGAAUUGUUCGAGUACUCCAAGCAGCCCGUCACCUUAGCCACGCCCACCUCGCUCCAGGCGAGCACUACAACCUCCUGGUGCGGCUGCUGACGGGUAUCGGCAGGUACAAUGAGAUGACGUACGUCUUUGACCUGCUGCAUCAAAACCAUCGCUUUGAGAUGCUGCUCAGGAAGAAAGUGGAGACGGAGAGAGGCCAGAGUUCCAGUCUGAAGACGGCUCUGCUGGACUAUAUCAAGCGCUGCCUUCCUGCAGACAGCGAGAAACACAACAUGGUGGCGCUGUGUUUCAGCAUGAGGAGAGAAAUCGGAGAAAACCACGAGAUCGCAGCCAGGACGCAGCUGAAGCUGAUCGAGUCUCAGCCCUGGGUUGUGACUCCUGAUCUGAAGGCUUCCUUGCUCAAAGUGUUGGCUCUGCUGAAGGACGCAGCAGAAAGCUUCUCCAAGGACUCGUGCGUCCGUCAGGCGAGCCGCUGUGUUCGGACCGCGAAGCUAGUUCAUCUUCAGAUCCACUUCUUGAACCAGGGAUCGGAGCUCCGCCUCGUCAACCUUCGGCCCGCAGAACUGCUGAACGCCGUCAUGGAGCUGCCGCGGUGCUACCAGGUGUUUGUUGUGUCGGACGCGUACGGCUACACUGCGGACUGGGCGGAAAUCCUGUACCACAAAGUGAUCCUGAAUGGAGAUUUUGUUUACUUGGAGGAACUGAAACGGCGACACCCGCUCACCUCCAGCCUGUUUGAAGACAUUUUCCAGAAACUGGCCGACGCGCCCGGCAGCAUCAUUGCAAACGUGAAGCGUUUGCUGUCGUACUGUGAUGACGUGUGCACUCGCUUCAAGCUGGCCUACCAGCAGAACCUGCACGAUGUCACCACGUCUCUGCUGCAGGAUCCCAAGACCAGCAGCUUUCUGAGGGACAGGCUGCCCAGCUGAUACGCUGAAUGACUGGUUUUCAUGAUGACGGAUUCUACCAUCUUCAGCCACUUGAUCUGGAUGAUUGAAUCAAUCAUCUUUAUCCAGAAUAGCAUCAGUUUACAAUAUGUAUAUAGAAAAACAAACUGAAAACCUUUAGCUUUUCUAAACUGUCUUCUGUGGAGGUUAAACAAAAUUAUUAAGAUUGGAACUUUCUUCUAACAAAAUCAAUUAAUAGAAAAUGUUCUGUUAUUAAAUGUAAAAAGAUGGAAUGCUGGUGUAUUUCUCAUCAUUUUCUCAAUGAAAAAUCUCAUUAUCAGCACAAGAAAGACAAUAAAAAUGACUAUUAACCAUUUCUGUGAAGCAAGGGUCUCAAACCUGUGGCCUGGGGGCUUAAUGAGGUCUGCAAGUCAGCUGUUUCUGGUCUCUAGCAUAUCUUGUUUUAUUUAAUGCGGUCUGCACUGAUAUGUCAUAAUGAUGAAUCUUUGUCAUCUCUGCCACGUCCUCAGGUAACGAUUUCUUUACAGUAAACGUUACGGUAAAGC